AUGAGUAUCCAAAUUCAUGUAAAAUCGGGUCAAAACAAAUGGGACGUGACGAUCGAACGGGAACAGACGAUCGCUGAGCUCAAAAAGGCGAUUGCACAAGUGUCAGAGAUCCCGGUUGAAAACCAAAGACUGAUCUUUUCUGGGAAAAUUCUGAAAGACGAUCAAACCGUGGAAUCGUACAAGAUCGACAACGACCAUGCUAUCCAUCUGGUGAAGUCUGGUGGCAACAAAGCGGCUGCGAACAGUCAAGCGAGCACGGCCGCCACCCAGAGUGCGGAUCCUGCAGCUUCUGUGCCAACAAAUUUGUCGGCGGGCCAAACGGGCGGGUUCAAUCCACUUUCGGACCUCACCGGUGCGCGCUACGCAGGUUACGGGCUGAACUUGCCCUCGGCAGACACGUUUGGGCCUGACGGCGGGAUGACAAACGCACCAAACCCAAAUGAGGUGCUUCGCAUGCUUGAAAAUCCGAUCAUGCAGUCUCAGAUGAACGAAAUGCUCAGCAACCCGCAAAUGAUCGAUUUUUUGAUCCAACAGAGCCCUCACCUGCAGAACAUGGGCCCUCAGGCACGCCAGCUCCUACAGAGCCCCUUUUUCAGACAAAUGAUGACCAACCCGGACAUGAUACGCCAGAGCAUGCAGUUUGCCGACAUGUUUGGUGGUGGCGACGGAGCCGAAGCGGCCUCGGCGUUCCCAGCACCAGGUACCGCCUCAACCACAGCAGCAGCACAAGAACCCGCGGCAGAUGCGACCUCGACUCGCGAUACGUCGUCGACUCCAGCUGCCGGAUCGCAACAGAAUCUUCUUUCGAACCCGUUUGCGUCUCUGCUGAAUCCACAGGCCGCUGCAGGCCAGGCGAAUCCCUUUGCAUCACUUUUCGGCGCCGCUCAAGCCGGGAAUCAACAGACUCCGGCUUUUGACCCGGCCCUCUUGUCCUCCAUCCUGGGAGGUCAACCACCGGCACCACAACAGCCUCAGGACACCAGGCCACCAGAGGAGCGUUACGAAGCUCAAUUGCGGCAACUGAAUGACAUGGGGUUCUUCGAAUUUGACAGAAACGUCGCUGCUCUUAGACGCAGUGGGGGUUCUGUACCGGGCGCCGUCGAUGCCCUUCUCAGCGGUGACGUCUAA